CAAUGCAAAUAAGUGAAAAAGAGGAUGAUUGGAAGGAGUUUGAGCAAAAGGAAGAGAUUGAUUAUAGUGGUCUUAGAGUUCAAUCCAUGCAAAUAAGUGAAAAAGAUGACGAUGAUGACACAAAUGAAAAAAGAGAAGAACCUGGGGACAACUGGGAGGAAGCUGGAGGUGGUACAGACAAAUCAUCUGGUCCUUGGAACAAGUCAGCUCCUGCACCAGCACCUGUUGUUGAAACAACUGUUACAGAAGCGCCAGAGCCAGUGCAGACUGGUGGUGUGUACAGGCCGCCUGGUGCCAGGGAGGGCAGGCCACGGAGAGCACAGCAAGGACCACCAGAAAUCUAUAGUGACACGCAGUUUCCAUCGCUGCAGUCCACUGCCAAGCUUGUAGACAGUCGAAAGGAUAAAGAAAUGGAGAAGAGCUUUGAAGUAGUAAAACACAAAACUAGAGGUAACUAAACUACAGCUAACGGCUCUGAUGCCACCUUAUUUCUGCUGGAUCUACUGCAGCGAGUGCAGACUGCUUUGACGUAAGUGAUUGGUCCUCCUGCAAUAUGGAAGCAUAAUAUGUUACAACUUCUCCAUUGGAUAUGGGGCAAAUUAAUGUAAAUGAUUGAACAAGAGUCAUCAAUGUUCUUUACUUGCUCAGAAAGAUACCUACAGCCAGUGGUCAUUUCAAAAUCUUUUUAUGUUCAGAUACUGAGCCUUCGUAAAGGUUGACUACCUCAGACUUGCUGCACUCAUUGUGGACACCAUGUGGAUCACAACUUCUGGAAGAGAAGGUUACAGCUGUUUUAGUGGCCACCUGAAACUUGAAACCAGCUCUACUGGAUUCCUGUCAGAAAUCCUGCAGAAGUCAGCCAUUUGGUUCCAAUUUGCUAUAACAAAGAUAUAAGUGACCUUAAUGAGAGAAACCUAUUCUGUUCCCCUUCUGAGGAAUCCUGUUAUGUGUAGCCAUAGCCUGCUAGAGACUUCUGGAAGAUACCAUACCACUCAUACUACCUGAGCAUAACACAGAGCUGUAGUUUGUUUACCUUUCUAGAUUGCUGUACUGAGGUAACUGCAAAACAAAUUAAAACUCAUACAGAAUCA